CAUACAGCCAACGUCACUCAUCGAUCUCACAGUGUCAUAGAGCGACUUGAAGCGACUUAGAGCGACCUUUGAGCGACGUAGAGCGUUCAUAGUACUUUACAACCACAACAAUGGACUCGACGCAAGGCACUGCUGCAGCCAACGCAGCGACACUGAUGAGCCCGAGCAGCAUCCACCAUCGCACUGCUGCUGCUGCUGCUGCUUCAACUCAUACUACAGGCACGAGUGGCGGAGUGAUGACGGUGGGGAGUCCGCCAUCCACCAGCAUGACUGGCAGUCAGCUGAGCGGCUACGGCAAUGGAGCUCAGCCAACGCACCUCACCCAAUAUCAAUCAUCAUCAUCAUCAUCAACACAGCAACAGCAGCAACAACAGCAAAACCAUUACUACAUCUCACCGACGACGGGCUCGCUGACGACCGUCGUUGUUGGCGCUGCGCCAAGCGUUGCUCACGUCCUGUCCAACUCGCCGUUCUCGCUCAACCACCAGCACUCGUCCGCAUUUAACAGCUACAGUAAUAACAACACCCACCAUGGCACUGGCACUGGCAAUGGUGUUGGCGUUGGCGUUGGCGUUGGCAAUGGAGCGGCAGGCUACAAUGGAACUGCAUUCAAAUCCCUCGCUCAUGCACUGCCCGACGGAGGCGACCCGAGCCUCGCUCAACAGCAGCAGCACCAGCUCCAUCACCAGCAGCAGCAACAUCAGCUGCACGGUGGUGGCGCUGGGUUGAGCUCGCCUGGAGCGGCCCAAGUCCGAUCUCCCCCGCCAUCCGCACCGUCUUCCAACCCAACGACCCCGCGGCGGUCGCUCACGCUGGUCGGACAGUCACUGUCACCGCUCAUCAUGUCCCCUGGCAGCAGCAGCGGGGCCAAUGGCCAGGCCGCGUUUGCGGGCGUCCAAGCGCAGUCUCAAGCCAUUCAGGCUGGUUCGUCGCCAGCACAGUCGCCGUGGUCCAUCCGUCGAAGCUCCGUCGGGGGACGGUUUGGAUCAGCGUCGACCGCGCUCACUGCCUCUCCGACGCCGAGGAAGGCGGCCAUCGACGUCUGGUCGGAUGUCAUGGUCGGCGAUUUGGCCCAAGUCAAACUCGCCGUUCAGCAAGGUUUUGAUGUCAGUUCGCGAGAUUGUGCGGGGCGAACAGUGCUGCAUGUCGCCGCUGCUGGAGGCACCACUGCACACCUCGAUCUGCUGCAAUACCUCAUCAACUUUGUGCGGGACAAUCCUGCAACGUGCGAUCUGGUCAACUCCCAGGACGAGACCGGACAAACGCCACUGCACUUGUGCACUGCAAAACACGACAUUGAGGGUGUCUUGUGUCUGCUCCACGGUGGCGCUGUCGUCAACGUUUUCAACAAGCAGCAACUGUGUCCACUCGAUGUCAAUCCUGCGCUUCGCAAUAUCAUGCUCGAAAACAUCCAAAAGCUGCCCGACUGGAUUCCUGACGAAGCCGCACCCAAUUGCCAAAUCUGCCGAUCCGCUUUUACUGUCAUUAACCGAAGGCAUCAUUGCCGGUAUUGUGGUCGUGUUGUUUGCCGAGGAUCUUGCUCGUCUCGCUUUAUUCCGAUUCUCAAGUUCGAUAUGAAGGACAAGGUUCGCGUGUGCUGCCAGUGUUUGCCCAUCGUGAGCUUGAGCAACGAACACUGCAAUUGAUAUCGUAAUACUGGAUUUUAAAAAUAUUACAAAUACACCAAUGUACAAAAA